UCUGGUAUUAGCCGCAUUAGCGCUAGCGUUCUUUGUGCGCUUUAUGUCGAGUGCGCGAUCUCUACUACUAUGAACCAGACUGUGGGCGGAGCUAUAUUUUUAAACUCAGCUCUCAAUACUCAACAGCAACAGCGUUUACGUUAUUACUCAAUACUUCUGAUACCGUUGAAAGAAAAUGACUGAUAAUACUCGAAGAACUCUACACGACCAGUUUUCGAAAUCCGAUGCAUAUAGAAGUCCAAACCGCAUUCUUCAAACAAAAUAUGCUGAAUCUUUUAGUCAUUUUAUGGAACAAGUGCAAUAUCAUACUCCAUUGAAAUCAGAACCUAACAAAGAAAAUAUUGGUUCAAGUCCAAUGCAUUGGAAUUCACCUUCUAUGACUCCUCCACCUUCUUUUACAUCAAUAAAGACACCCAUUAAGAACAACCCAAAAAAUCCAUUUGAUGCAAAUCUGACUGAGCAUCUCCAUCUUGAAACAUUCUCUCCUUCUGUUUUUUCUCGAGUGCUGAGCCCAUCAGAAGAUCAAGAUUCCAAUUGGCAAAUUGAACAUGUAGCUCUUCUGAACCCAACUGAUUUUUCACCAAAUUUCAACACUCAUUUUACUGACCCCAAAACUGAAGCAGAAGCUCAGGAGAAAAUUUUACAGUUUUUUAGUCAGAGGCAAAUUGCACCUUCUCCAUGGAGUCAUCCUCGUUCUAGAGUACUUGGAAGGUCUAAAAACAAAGCAUCAGGAGAAAUUUCACCAGCACAAGCUAUAAGCAAAAGUGCAUGGACUCAGACCAGUUUAUCGUUUCCUCCUGUCUUACCACAAGAAGUUGAAGAAAUACUCAGCCAAUAUAUGAAUGAUCCACAUGACCAUACAGGCCAUUCACCAGCCUCAUCUAAUAGUGAGUGUGAUGAAUCUAGUCUCAACGCAUCAAGCCUUCGGCGCAAGCUAUUUACGCAAAUGAAUACUACACCACAAGCCGGAGAUGCUGACGCCUAUUUGACAAACCGCGAGCAAUCGUCCAGUCCAAUUUUAACAACUGGCCCUCAUAGUUCAAGAUUUUCAUUUAGUCCUUGCUCACGUCCAGUUUCGCCACCGAUUCUGUCGCCCAUAUGUUCGCAUUUAGAGGAAAGUGUUGCUAUGGACGAAGCAACAAGCCAGAGUUGGGUGGUUGCUGAUUCACAACCUUCCAGUUUUCCAGAUAGAACAGUUUUGAUGGAAACCUCUGAAGUUGGUUACUUCAGUUCUUCAAAUGUUAUCGGAUCCCAGGAUGCAAAUUUUGCUGGUGAAAUCAAAACAGAGACGGUGCAUUUCAGUGCUGAUAAGGUUGGCCAGCCAAAAGAAUGUUCAACCCCAACAAAAAAUCACUUUUAAUCUCAUUUUUCAUAGUAAGUAAUUGAUAAACAAAUUGUAUGUCCAAUUUUAGCCUUAUGUGAUUUCAUUUUAAUUAAUUUGAUUAUAAAUUCUGUGCCAAGUCAUAUGAUUUAGGUUUAAACAAUGAAAUUUAAUAAACUGCUCAGGAUUCACAAAA